AUGGGAGGUUUUCUCAACACAAUGCGCUCUUAUAUAUGGAUUCCUGUACAACAGUACACAACUCGAGAAUUAGAGGUGGAGCUUUUCGCACAUCUGCACUCAUUGUCUCUUAGAUGGCAUUUAUCUCGAAAAACUGGUCUUGUACUACGUGUCAUGGAUAGAGGUACUAGUUCGGUGAACAGCAUACUGAAUUACAUAUUAUUCAACAUUGUUCCGACUAUAACGGACAUUGUUAUCGCUGUGGUAUUUUUCUUUUCAACCUUCAAUUUCUACUUUGGAGGAAUAGUAUUAGUGACGAUGGUGCUGUACUUAGUUAUCACAAUAUAUGUAACGGAGUGGCGCACGAAGUUCCGUCGAGAUAUGAAUGAAAAGGAAAACGCGAGCAGCGCUAUCGCCACUGAUUCUUUGCUCAACUACGAAACUGUAAAAUACUAUGGGAAUGAAAAGUUCGAAGUGGACAGAUUCCGCUACGCGAUUGAGUGCUUCCAGCUUGCUGAAUGGCGUUCAAAUGCAUCUUUAGCGCUACUGAAUUUCUUGCAGAAUGGAUUGAUCGGACUGGGAAUGACAGCUGGUUCUGUGCUAGUCGCAUAUUUGAUUACUGUGGAUCAGGAACUUACUGUUGGAGAUUAUGUUCUGUUCACUACGUACAUCCUGCAGUUGUAUGCCCCCCUUAACUUCUUUGGAACCGUGUACAGGUGCGUU